AUGAACCAGUCCCAAUGGAUUGAACGGAGGACUCUGAAUAUGAGCAGUAGUGUUAUGAACAUAUCUGAGCAUCUCUCCUGCCCUCUUGGAUUUGGUCACUACAAUGCAGUUGACAUCUGUAUCCUUGAGACAGUUGUUAUUGUCUUGCUCACAUUUUUGAUCAUUGCGGGUAACUUAACUGUGAUAUUUGUUUUUCACUGUGCUCCGCUCCUGCACCAUUACACCACCAGCUAUUUUAUUCAGACCAUGGCCUAUGCUGAUCUUUUUGUUGGAGUUAGCUGCUUGGUUCCUACUUUGUCACUUCUCCACUACUCGACAGGUGUCCACGAGUCCUUGACUUGUCAAGUUUUUGGAUAUAUCAUCUCUGUGCUCAAAAGCGUAUCUAUGGCAUGCCUUGCUUGCAUCAGUGUGGAUCGCUAUCUUGCUAUAACAAAGCCUCUCUCCUAUAACCAACUGGUCACACCUUGUCGUUUGAGAAUCUGCAUCAUUUUGAUCUGGAUAUACUCUUGUCUGAUCUUCUUGCCUUCCUUUUUUGGUUGGGGGAAACCUGGUUACCAUGGAGAUAUUUUUGAGUGGUGUGCUACCUCCUGGCUAACUAACGCCUAUUUUACUGGCUUUAUCGUGUGCUUACUGUAUGCUCCUGCUGCCUUUGUCAUAUGUUUCACCUAUUUCCACAUCUUUAAAAUUUGCCGGCAGCACACCAAAGAGAUAAACGAUCGGAGAGCUCGAUUUCCUAGCCAUGAAGUGGAUGCUGCUGGGGAGACUGGGCACAGCCCCGAUCGCCGCUAUGCCAUGGUUUUGUUUCGGAUAACCAGUGUGUUCUACGUGCUGUGGCUCCCCUAUAUUAUCUACUUUCUCCUGGAGAGCUCUAGGGUCUUGGAAAACCCAGCGCUUUCCUUCCUAACCACGUGGCUUGCUAUAAGCAAUAGUUUCUGCAACUGUGUCAUCUAUAGCCUUUCCAACAGCGUUUUCAGGCUGGGACUGCGGAGACUCUCAGAGACAAUAUGCUCCUCUUGUAUGUGUUUAAAAGACAGGGACGUUCGGGACCCUAAACCGCGGAAACGGGCUAACUCCUGUUCCAUUUAA